AAUUUUCAGUGCAAUGAAGCUAUGUUUGAGGCUGUAGAGCAGCAGGACCUGGAUGCUGUUCAGAUUCUUCUUUAUCAAUACACCCUGGAGGAACUGGACCUGAACACACCAAACAGCGAGGGACUCACUCCUUUGGAUAUUGCCAUUUUGACAAACAACAUCCCCAUUGCCAGGACCCUUCUACACGUUGGGGCAAAGGAAAGCCCACACUUUGAGACCGUGGAGAGCAGGUCUACACACCUGAGCACGCUGGUGCAGGAGGCCCAACAGAGAGUGGCAGAAUUGUCAGCGCAAGCAGUGAGUGAAGGGCUGGGCAUGGAGAGCACCGAGAGGGAAAAGCAGCUCAAGGGCUGGGAGUGGAGGGCCAGGCUCUACCAGCGCAUGAAGGCCGGCUACGAGCAUGCCCGAGCCCCCGAGGCGCCAACCAAUGUCUGUCUCAUGGUAACGAGCAGUACAUCACUCACUGUCACCUUCCAAGAACCCCUCAGUGUCAACUCAGCUGUGGUGACCAAGUAUAAAGUGGAAUGGAGUUCUUCAGAAGACUUUUCUCCUUUGGCUGGUGAAAUAAUUAUGGAUAAUCUUCACUCUUUGAGGUGCUCCAUCACAGGUCUCAGGACGGGCCAGAGAUAUUGUGUCCGUGUCUCAGCAUACAACGUGAGAGGAUGGGGACCUCCACGCAAAUCCACUCCUGAAUAUGCUUCACCUUCAAACUGGAAAGACUGCAGUGGAAGAGAGCCUCGGCACAGGGGACACACGGAGGCCCUGGAACGCCUCCUUCAGCAGGUUCGAGCAGCUCAUCAGCACUAUAAUUGCAGAGAAAGUUCUAAAUUACAAAAUGCUGGUCGCAAGCAAUCGGUUUCCAGAAGCCUGAAGCACCUUUUCCAUUCAUCAAACAAGUUUGUGAAGACUCUGAAACGGGGACUCUACCUAUCUGUUAUACUUUUUUACAAAGACAAUUUGUUAGUAACCAAUGAAGAUCAAAUCCCAAUUGUGGAAAUCGAUGACUCUCACAGUAGUUCAGUUAUGCAGGAUUUCCUGUGGUUCACAAAGCUGUCCUGCAUGUGGGAUGACAUCAGGUGGCUGAGGCAGAACAUGGCUGUGUCUGUGUCCUCAUCCACAGCCCUCCAGGCCAGGCAGAAGAUGCUUUCAGCAGCAGCACAGCUACAGAAUUUGCUGGGAACUCACAAUUUAGGCAGAGUUUUUUACGAGCCAAUUAAGGAUCGACAUGGCAAUAUGCUGAUAGUUACUGUAAGAGAAGUGGAGAGUCUGUACUCAUUUUUUAAUGGCAAAUGGAUGCAGGUAUCCAAACUACAAAGCCAGAGGAAAUCCCUUUCAACUCCAGAGGAGCCAACAGCAUUAGACAUCUUGCUUAUAACAAUCCAGGACAUACUUUCCUAUCACAAACGAAGUCAGCAGCGCCUCCCUCCCGGCUUGUACCUGGGUUACCUGAAACUCUGCAGUUCUGUGGAUCAGAUCAAAGUGCUUGUGCUGCAGAAGCUGCCCAAUGUCCUGUGUCACGUCAAAAUCCGAGACAACAGCAACGUCUCCAAAGAUGAGUGGGAAUGGAUCCAAACACUUUCUGGCUCAGAAUCCAUGGAAAGUAUGGAUCAUACUUCAGACUGCCCUACUCAAUUGUUCUUGUAUGAGCUCCAGACGGCAGUGAAAGCUCUCCUCAAACAGAUCAAUCUACCUCUGCAUCAG